GCCGAGCUGGGACUGCGCGCUCGCCCGCUGCGCUCUGGGCGGCUCGACCCAGCGGCCGGUCCUCGAGCCCCGCGCGCCCUGCGCCGCCGCCGGCUUUUGUUGUCUCCGCCGCCGUCUGCGGACCGCGAGCCGCGUGCCGGGACCUUGGCUCUGCCCUUCGCGGGCUGAGGCUGCGUGGACCCCGCCGGACCCGAGAGAGGCGCCGUGGGCGGCUGGGGGCGCCGCGGCCCCGCCAUGGAGCUCCGGGCCGGAGGCUGGUGGCUGCUGUGCGCGGCCGCCGCUUUGGCUUCUUGUGCCCGCGGGGACCCUGCCAGCAAGAGCCGGAGCUGCAGCGAAGUCCGCCAGGUCUAUGGCGCUAAGGGCUUCAGCCUGAGCGACGUGCCCCAGGCGGAGAUCUCGGGUGAGCACCUGCGGAUCUGCCCCCAGGGCUACACCUGCUGCACCAGCGAGAUGGAGGAGAACCUGGCCAACCGCAGUCGCGCCGAGCUGGAGACUGCGCUCCUGGACAGCAGCCGUGUGCUGCAGGCCACGCUGGCCGCCCAGCUGCGUGGCUUCGAUGACCACUUCCAGCAGCUGCUGAACGACUCGGAGCGGACGCUGCAGGACACCUUCCCUGGCGCCUUCGGGGAGCUGUACGAGCAGAACGCCAAGGCCUUCCGGGACCUGUACGCGGAGCUGCGCCUCUACUACCGCGGGGGCAGCCUGCACCUGGAGGAGACGCUGGCCGAGUUCUGGGCGCGCCUGCUCGAGCGCCUCUUCAAGCAGCUGCACCCGCAGCUGCUGCUGCCCGAGGACUACCUGGACUGCCUGGGCAAGCAGGCCGAGCCCCUGCGGCCCUUCGGGGACGCCCCCCGCAAGCUGCGCCUGCGAGCCACCCGCGCCUUCGUGGCCACCCGUGCCUUCGUCCAGGGCCUGGGCGUGGCUGGCGACGUGGUCCGGAAGGUGGCCCAGGUGCCCCUGGGCCCCGAGUGCUCGCGGGCCGUCAUGAAGCUGCUGUACUGCGCCCACUGCCUGGGGGUCCCCGGCGCCCCGCCCUGCCCCGACUACUGCCGCAACGUGCUCAAGGGCUGCCUGGCCAACCAGGCCGACCUGGACGCCGAGUGGAGGAACCUGCUGGACUCCAUGGUGCUCAUCACCGACAAGUUCUGGGGCCCCGAGGGCGCGGAGAACGUCAUCGGCAGCGUGCACCUGUGGCUGGCAGAGGCGGUCAGCACCCUCCAGGACAACAGGGAUGCGUUCAUGGCCAAGGUCAUCCAGGGCUGCGGGAACCCCAGGGUGAACCCGCACAGCCCCGGGUCUGAGGAGAGGCGGCCGCGGGGCAAGCUGGCUCUGCAGGAGAAGCCGCCCACGGGCGAACUGGAGAAGCUGGUGUCCGAGGCCAAAGCCCAGCUCCGCGACGCCCAGGACUUCUGGGUCAGCCUCCCGGGGACCCUGUGCAGCGAGAAGAUGGCCAUGAGCGCUGCCAGCGAUGACCGCUGCUGGAACGGGAUGGCCAAGGGCCGGUAUCUCCCCGAGGUGAUGGGCGACGGCCUGGCCAACCAGAUCAACAACCCCGAGGUGGAGGUGGACAUCACCAAGCCCGACAUGGCCAUCCGCCAGCAGAUCAUGCAGCUGAAGAUCACCACCAACCGGCUGCGCAGCGCCUACAACGGGGAGGACGCGGACUUCCAGGACGCCAGUGACGACGGCAGCGGCUCAGGCAGCGGGGACGGCUGCCCAGAAGACGUCUGCGGCCACAGGGUCAACAAGAAGAACCCCAGCUCGCGGACGUCCCUGACCCACGCUCUCCCGGGCCUGUCGGAGCGGGAGGGCCCGAAGACUGCGGCUGCGGGCUGCCCCCAGCCCUGCCCCGCCCUCCUGGUCGUCCUGCUCACCCUGGUGCUCUCCGCGGCCAGGCCCCGGUGGCGGUAACUGCUCCCGGACCCGGGACCGAGGCCAAGGACUGACUUUGCCAAAACACAAGCAGACGCUAUUUAACUC